GAAGAUGUUAUUUAUGGUGGAUACGGGGGUGUAGAUUGUGUAGAAGCAGGUGGGCCACCAGCAGGAGCUGGUUGUGGUGGUUAUGUAGUUGGUGAAACAGUAAAACUGUUAAAAGAACUAAAUGCUUUUUUUGAAUAUGAUAUUAUCUUAUUUGAUGUUUUGGGUGAUGUUGUUUGUGGUGGUUUUGCUGCACCUUUAAAUUAUGCCGACUAUUGUAUUAUUGUCACAGACAAUGGUUUUGAUGCCUUGUUUGCUGCUAAUAGAAUAGCAGCUUCAGUACGUGAAAAAGCUCGUACGCACCCAUUAAGAUUAGCCGGUUUAAUUGGUAAUAGAACUUCUAAACGUGAUUUAAUUGAUAAAUAUGUAGAAGCAUGCCCAAUGCCAGUAUUAGAAGUUUUACCAUUAAUAGAAGAAAUACGUAUUUCACGAGUUAAA